CCCUGGCCUCUGGCCGCGCUCUGAGCUGACCGAGCCUGCGACCGGUUCAAGGAAGUGAUGAGUGAUAAAGCAGAAGAGUCCACUGUUGGGACCAAAAACCAAAUGAAAUAUUGUGGAAAACCCAUCACUGAACUUCCAUUCAAGAAAAGGCUGAGCAUGGUGCUGCUUUCAGUGAGAGAGGAAGUAGAGGGUUCAUCCCAGCCUGAGGGCUCAGCCAUGUCCUCAGAAGAUGCCAGGGUCAACAAGGGUGGGCUGAUUCACAGACCUGGUAGUGAUGCCCUGGUGGGAGGAAUCUUUCCCAGCUGUCUCUCUGCAGAUGACCCCAUGGUCACAGAAAUGUCUGUGUCGGGAGAUAUGCCAGAUCAACUGCUGAUACCAGUGAAAAUCAAUAUGGAAAUAAAAGAGCAAUUAAAGAAGGAAAUUCGACAUUUUGGAGGAAAAUAUGAAAUAGUCUUCAAAUUGCUUGAGGGAGUACAAGGACCUCCAGAAGUGCAGAAAAAAUUUGCUUUAUAUGCCAUGAAGGAAGCUGCAAGAUAUGAAAGACAAGACUUAAUAAGGCACUUGAAGAAGGUACCAGAAAAAUUGGAAUCUGACCAGUUUCUCAAAAAAGAUAAUGACACUCCAAACUUACAAUCCUGUUAUGGCAAUCAUCAGUGAGAAGGCAGAUCCAAUUGGCUGUUCUGGAGUGUGACCAGAUAUUGUUGAUGCCUUUAGCAUGAGUUUGCCAAGAAAUUGUCUUCUUGAGGCUAAGAAAAAGCACUGCAACUUUCAUGUUACAAGUUUCUGUUAGUAAACGUUGAGAUUUUGCCCUAAGCAUUUUGUCUGAAUGGCUAAACUGGUGUUUUUCUAUUUGUUUUCCACUGAGUUUGAGGA